AUGUGUAGAUCGAAGAGAAGCACAGACGCGUUACCUCCCAGAAGCUCCAGAAUCUCUGCAUCUGUAAAGCCAUUCGAAUUCUCUUCUAGGAGGACAAGCUUCGUCCCUUAUCAACAACCUUCCGGCAACCGUUUUACCAGCACAUCCACAACUAAUUCAUCGAGCUAUAAUUACAAGGAUGAUUACAAAGAUAUGGAAUUACGAGAUACAUUACCGGAAAAUGUUCGCGUCUACGAUUUCUCGGAGAUCCGUUAUGCCACGAGUAACUUCUCCGCCAAGUUGUUCUCGUGUUCCUCGUCUUCGAAGUCGUGGCGGUGCCUGAUCGGCGGUAAGGAUGUAAUAAUUUUCCAGAGGAAACUCAGACAAGUUAUCAGCGAUGACGAGGAGCUUAACAAACGAUUGUCAUUGAUAUGCAAGAGCAGUCACGCGAGUUUAAUCAAACUCCUCGGCGCUUCUGUUUCUGGUAAUUACAUUUAUAUAGUAUACGAGUAUAUCCACGGUGCAAACCUCGCGGAUUGCUUGCGAAACCCUAGAAACCCUAACUUCACAGUCCUGUCGAGUUGGUUAUCUCGAAUGAAAAUCGUAGCUGAUCUCGCUCACGGAUUCGAUUAUCUUCACCAUUCCACUGGAUUGAACUCGAGUAUUGUUCACAAACACAUUAAAACAUCGAGCAUAAUCAUAAGUGAACCAGGUUUGAACGCUAAAAUCUGUCACUUCGGCACGGCGGAGCUUCGCGGCGAGGGAGGAAAGAUGGAGCAAUGGAAGAGGUGCGGAAGUGGGACGAUGAAAUUCGGCGGAGCGAGAGGAUAUAUGUCGCCGGAAUAUCUAACGACGGGAAGACCGACGCAAAAAUCAGACGUAUUUGCGUUUGGAGUAUUGGUUUUGGAGAUUCUGUCCGGGAAAGAGGCGUUGAAUUAUGAACCAUCUGGCGAUGGAGGAGGGUAUGUGAGGGUGUCGUUGAUCGAGAAGGCGAGGGAGGCGGUUGGCGGCGGCGGAGGAGGGGUGAGGAGAUGGGUGGAUAAGAGGGUAAAGGAUUCGUAUCCGGUGGAGGUGGCGGAGAAAAUGGUGAGGUUAGGGUUGGAUUGUGUAGAAGAUGAUCCACAUGAAAGACCUGGAAUGGAUUUGGUAGCGAAUCAGAUCUCAAAGAUGUAUCUUGAAUCUCAGAUUUGGGCAAACAAGAUUGGUUUUCCGAUUGACUUCACCGUCUCCUUAGCUCCUCGCUGA